UUCCUUUAGUAUUUUCCGCUAAUUUUCUAUUGAGCAGAUUACUCGAUGUUAAAAAAAGAUACUCGAAAGUGUUAGUGUCAGAUAGAUUACUCUUAAGUCGAAAAUCAUUUUGUGGUAUUUUUGUGAAGUUCGUAAAACACGGCUGUUACAGGUGCAGCGCAGGUGCCUGAUUUGAUGAAGUGAAAUACUCGACACACUUCUAGAUUUAUAUUCGGCUGAGCUGACGGGAGGAGUCCACGUUCGGAAGAAACGGCCGGCCUUUUGCUUCCCACAGGAUGUUGGAUCUGGACUUACGUGUGAUACUUCUCUGGGCAGUAAGUCUAGGUCUGCACACAUGUGCUGCACAAGUGUGUGGUCGACCCCUCUUGGAAAACCGAAUUGUCGGGGGAAUUGAUGCAAUCGAAGGAGCCUGGCCAUGGCAGGUGGAUGUUCAGGAUACCAAGCAUGGCCACGUGUGUGGAGGGUCGCUCCUCACUCAAGAGUGGGUGCUUUCUGCUGCUCACUGCUUUCCAGACCCCUCUGAUGUGUCAUCCUAUGUACUCUACAUGGGCCGCUACCAGCUCAAUGACUUUAAUCAGUUUGAAGUUUCCAGAAGUGUGAGUCAGGUGGUUGUGCCGCCCGGCUAUUCCGACUCCCAGCAGGGCAAUGAUGUGGCUCUAGUUCGCCUAUCCAGCCCAGUCACCUGGUCAGACCACAUCCAGCCCAUUUGCCUUCCUGAGGCUGGUACCUUGUUCCCAAGUGGCAUGCAGUGCUAUGUCACUGGCUGGGGGCAUAUCCAGGAUGGCGUUUCUCUGCCAGGUAUAGGCACCCUUCAACAACUGCAAGUACCAAUCAUUGGACAGGCAUCCUGUCAGGAGAUGUACCAGAUUCAACCUAGCGAAACUGUGGACAUCUUAUCUGAUAUGAUCUGUGCUGGUUUCCAAGAAGGAGGCAAAGAUUCUUGCCAGGGGGACUCUGGGGGACCGCUUGUUUGUCCCAUGGUGAAUGGGACUUGGGUGCAAGCUGGGAUUGUGAGCUUUGGCCUGGGUUGCGCCCAGGCAAACCGGCCAGGUGUGUACGCGAGGGUGUCUGCUUUUAUUGACCUCAUCAAAACCACGGUGCCAGAGGCUCAACUGUUUGGCCAGGCACCUAAAAACUGUGCAAAUUAUAUGGUAGUGCUGACCAAUGUCCUGACCUCUUUGCUGGUAGUGCUAAUGCUGAGAUAGGUCCUUUGGACCCCACAUUAUACACCCUCACAAAGUUAAGUGCACUGCACUGUGACAGACGAGAAUACUGCAAUGGGCUGGACAUCAUUCUGCUGCUUGUAGUUUCUGUGACCUGACUGAAUAGGAUGCUGGAAUAAGGAACAAAUUCAUGACUGCCAGGAAGCUGACAGAAUGUAAAUCAACAGCACAGCCUUAUACAUGGUGAUCCGUGUGCCUAUAGUUUCCUUCACAGACACAAUCACACUUCACUGGCUAAUACUACUUCCUCUUGUUAUUUCUCUAGUUCAUCACUUGUCACAGGGUUUUCUGUUGCAUGUUUCACAAUAUAUUCCUGCAAAUAUAUGCUGCGAGGUAAAUCUGUAGCACUAAAUACACAGCAUAUUUAAAAUGUGUACAUCACUGCUAUACUGCUCUUUACAAAAAUGCAGUCUGAUUUAAUUUCAUAUGCUUAAGUCUGCAAAUAAUUUGUGCCCCUUUAGACAUUAGAUGAACGCCUAAUAUGGAGUGAUUCCAUGCUUUCAGUAUACUUAAGAAAGAGCAAUGUAGAUUUGGUCUAACAGAUCUAACAAAUGUAGUCUUGAUUUUUAUCAUGUCUUUUUAUCUCAUAAAAGCACAGCAAUUUCUAAACAUUGCAAUAUUACCUUUUAAAAAUGUUUUUCUUAUGUGAAUGAGUAAUAAAUAUUUAACAUUUUUGUCAUGAAAA